UGUAGGAAAGUUAUAGAGUUCACAAACUAUGGUAUAGAUCUGAAUAUUGAUCAAUCCCUGAAAUGUCAGAACAGUACAGAUAUCCCCCAAAUGUCAGGACGGUACAGAUAUCCCCCAAAUGUCAGGACAGUACAGAUAUCCCCCAAAUGUCAGGACGGUACAGAUAUCCCCCAAAUGUCAGGACAGUACAAAUAUCCCCCAAAUGUCAGAACUACAGAUAUCCCCCAAAUGUCAGGACAGUACAGAUAUCCCCCAAAUGUCAGGACAGUACAGAUAUCCCCCAAAUGUCAGGACAGUACAGAUAUCCCCCAAAUGUCAGAACGAGUACAGAUAUCCCCCAAAUGUCAGAA